UAACUUUCUUAUAGAAAUGAUUAUAUUAAAGAUUAUAGAAAUAAAAUUGCAGUAUGGAAAGACCAAGAACUGCAUAUAAAAGGAUAGGAAGCCACAAAUUUGAUCACAAAGCAGCGAGGGCUCAACUCCAGUCAGCUUCAGGUAAAAGACCCAAAGAUGUUGCCCCACUCCUUGAUGAAGAAGACAUGAUCGAUGAAAGAGAGAUCAGAAGGGCCACCAACAGACUUAAGAGAAGAGACUACGAACACCUCGCUCAAGACGACGAGUACCAGCAAAUGUUCAAGGAUCCUCUAGACCGCUACGACGAAGUUAUUGAUGAAGCUCCCAGCCAGCUCGAAGAUGAUGGAACCAGUAUGGAGGACACUUCCAACGUUGAAGGCAGAGGUCUCUUGAGAUCGGCUCGCGAGCAGAUGGAGCAUUCUCAGCAGAACUUGAUGCCAAUUGAAGAGGACAAAGUUGAAAACUCAGAUAUGUCUAAUCAGGACGAAGAUGGAAUCAAGUUCAUCAACCAGCAAGACACUAUGAAUAGACUUGACUCACAAGUGUCGGGUACAUCGUCCCAAGUCAGAAGCAAACUUCUGGAUGAACUCAAGCGUUCCAAAGGCAAAAUCAACAGAGUGUUGUCAAGAAAAGAAAAGCAAAUCCUCAAAGACAUCACCCAGUAUGACAAGAAGUUUACCAAAGAUGCUGACGAAGACAUCAUGGAGGUCGGAAGAGUCGACCUUGAAGACCUCGAGACCGACUUUGGAAUGAUUGAAGAAGAACGAGACAGAAAGAAGAAACAGAGAGAACUCGAGUUCGAACACAGAAGAAAAGGUAUUGAACUUACAUCUGCAACUACUCAGAACAAACUGGUCAACGCCCACACUGACUUACUCAAAGAGAUUGCUCAGGAAGAAGUCGACGCGCGCAAGAAAGCUGUCGAGAGAGAGAAAAUCAUUGACAAAGAGUUUGUCCGUAUUGAAGACAGAGUGGGUGGAGUCAUCAAAGAGCAGAGAUCCAAAAUUCUGAGUUACUUCGGGCCUUUGGUUCAGGAGAAGAAGCGCUCUGCCUACACCAUCCUUGGAAGUGCAAAGAAGAAAGUCGACCUCUCAGCCCGAACAAAGAUAUGUCUUCCAUUCUCAGUCAAAAUCAAAAUGCUCAGAUGUGUCAAAGACAAAAUCGGAGCUGGAGUUUACGUGGUGCUUGCAGAAAUCAUUGAGAGAAUCGGAGGAGGCUCAGUCAUGUAUAAUUACCAGAAAUCUAUGAAGAAUCUUCACAAGCUCAAAGGCAAAAUUCUUGAGUAUGAAAAGCUCAAACUGAGAUUCCUCAAAGAACAGAACAUCGAUGUCAGCACCCAAGAGUCUGAAGGAAUCAUGGCUGCACUCGAAGAAGCUGAAGAAGAACUCCACGAAGACGAACAAAGAGAACAAAGAAGCGCCCCAGCCAGCAGAAGCAGCCAGAGAAGCAAACAACAAGCUCCAGAAAUUGACGAAGAAAAGUUCGAGAAACUCACAUUCAAGCAGAGACACACCCGGUACAGGAACUUCUACGCAGGCUUUGACGACGAAGAGUUCUACUUGGAUGAAAACCUGUAUCUGUUGUAUCCUCCGAUGAACAGAGCUCGGCCUUCAAACUGAAUCCAGUUCAGGCUGGUCAAACUCUCCGAUGAAAAAGAUAUUGAAGAUGAAGUCGUGGCCUGGGGAGUGUUCCCUCUGCUCAACUCCGAGCUUGCAUUUAACGAAGGACGAUUCAAGAUCCCUCUGUUGUUCGGAGACGUUGACGAAGAAGUCACACUCUACAGAAACAUCCAAGGGAGAGUCAUGAAGAACCUUGACACUUGGCUUUGCAACAUGUACUUUGAGGUGGAGCCCCUUCUGAUCCAGAAACUCAUCUUCGACUGGCAGAACAGAGAAAUGUACUACGACAAAGAACAGCUCAACAAAAUCCAUGGCUACGUGCUUAAGCGAGAAGAAGAUCCUGACCAAAAUAUGGCUCAGCCUAAUGCUGUGAGAGAGUCGUUUGGAGGACAAAGCGCAAGAUCUUCUAGACUCAAAAGGAAAAGAUCUACCGUCAGAAAUGCAACCAAUCUCAUCUCAAACUUGCAUGAUGCAGACCUUGACAGACAAAAUUCAAAUGUAAGACUGAGCAAAGACCAGACCAGAGAACUCGACCAAAUGAUAGGGUACGAAGCAGAAGAAUUCAAGAAGGAACAGCAGCGUGAGAUCAAGGCAGAGCUCGACGACAACGCUCUGUUCCUUGAAGAGUACUCGUACUCUGUGUCUGACAAGUUCAACAAUGAAACCCGAAACGUGGCCAAGAAGAAAAUGGUUUACCUGUUCACAGAGUCUUUGGCUGACAUGGGGCUGAAGAACAUGAACACAAUUGCGUUCCAGAUUACUUUGUUUGUGAUUGUUCUAUCGUUCUGGGCAAGAGUUUACAUUCACUAUUUUGGAGAAUAUCUAGCUUUAUUAAUGAUUGGAAUCAAAGUUUCAAAAUUUAACCCAGAAUGGUACAAGGUCGAACUCCACUAUGAAUCGUGGGAGUCAUGGCAUGAAGCAAUCAUUAUUAUUCUUGGAGUGCUCUUAAAUACAUUUUUCUUCUCUUUAAUGAUAAUUUCUGCUUAUUUUGUGAAUAAGUACACUCAGUUCCCUCACAUCUUUUAUAAAAUGAUGUGCUGGUUUGGAAUUGCGACUACAAUAGACUUUUUGUUGAUUCUAGCAGUAGACUGUAUAGAGCAAAACUGGACAAGAGGUGAUAUGUUUAAGUUAUACCAGUACUACAACAGAAGAGAUGCGAAUGGAUAUCCAGGUCUUGCCAUAACGAUCUUCAUUUACGUCGUCCUUACUUUCAUCAACCUCUCUCUAAUGUACUAUUAUUUAAUCUUCAUUCAUAUGGGAGGAAGGGUUAUUGAUAUCUAUUUGAGAUUAUCAGGAAAUGUAAACCAUUUUUUUCUUCCUCACGAUGAUGAGAUCUCUCUCACUUAUCUGAAAUGGGUCUGUAAAAAGGCAUUUAAGAGUCAGAAACAAAGAGUCACAACUAGAGAUGAAGAAGUUGUCAACGAAAGAGGUAAAAUUAAGAAAGUUAGGUUCAUCAAUGUCUUUAAAUUUGAUCCAGAAACACACGAGUUAUGCAAUUAUAGAUCCUUUAUUAGAGAUUAUGAUGGGGCUAUACGUGAAUUCCAUACUAAGAAGGUACCUCUAAAGAAGGAAGAGCUUAAGGGUAUCACUGAAGAUAUCCCUCCUGAAAAAGGAACAGAAACAUACAACCACAAUGAAUUCUUCCCCGAAAGAGAAGAAUCUUCUGAAGGUGAAGGAGGUGAUGGAGUUAACGGAAGUGAUGAGGAAGAGAAGACCCCAUUUAGCAGAAGAAACGUUGAUAGUCAUAUGGAGCUAAGAGAUCGAAGUAACCAAAGCAGAUCAUUUAAUGAUAAUUCAAGAAUGAGUGAUGAGGAUAGGAAGAUAGACAACUCUCUGCAUGAUGAAGAAGAAGAUGAUGAAAGCAAAAUCAAGCAUCUAUAA